AUGCUCUCGAGGCCCAUUUGGGCGCGAGAUGAAGACUUUGACGAAUCAGAUUUAUCUUUCAUUACAAGACUGGCCGCCGUCGGCGACUCGUAUUCAGCGGGUAUUGGUGCGGGCAGCCACCUUGGGAGCAUUUUAAAUGCUUUGGACCCUCAAAGCGAUUGGGCCUGUCGUCGCUAUGAUAGUGCGUAUCCGUAUUUACUCAAUACUGACGGGAGGCUGGGCGAUUCAUCCAAGCGAAAAUUUCAGUUCGAGUCCUGUUCUGGAGCGGUAACGAAGGACAUUUUGGAGACACAGAUCCCUCGGAUUGAUUCCAAUCAACAAGUUAUCCUGUUGUCGGCUGGUGGUAACGAUGCUGAAUUGGUGAAGAUUUUGAAUAAAUGUAUUUUUCAGUGGGCGGUCUUAAAUAAAGACCAGGUGGCGGUUGCCAAGCUUCUCGCACUUGACCGGAACUUCGCUUGGGCGAAAGAUUACGACUGGGAUUUGCUGGGUCUCACUUGUGAGGAACAACUUGACCGCACACAAUCAAUCAUCGACAGUGGCGAGUUCAGCAAAGACUUGGAUACCCUCAUCAAUGCCGCGAAAGCAAAACUGGCAUCAGACGGCGUGAUAUACUACACAGGCUAUGCCAAGUUUUUCGCCGAGGAUAUGAGCUCGGACUGCGACAAGGUUUCAUGGGCAACUUGGUACUACAAACUAUACAAUUUAUUUCACGGACACCAAUACCUAACCUCUGCUAACCGCCGGGCUAUGAAUAGCCUGGUGGAUGCCAUGAACUCCAAAUUAGCAGAUGCUGUAAAAAGAGCUGGUCCAAGUGUUACUUUUGUGAACUACGAUCAGUAUACUGGUAGAUGGGGUGGCCGCUUUUGCGAGAAAGGCGUCGACGAGGCAACUACAGUCAGCAAUACGCGAAAAGGACUCAUGUUUUAUGAACUCAACUCGUGGGACGUUUUAGGUCUCUCACCCUGGAAGCGAAGCAAUGAUGAUCCGCUUAAAGGAACCUUUGACGGAGAUCAGGAAAUUCUCGCCCAAAUAACCCUUAUGAUGGACGAACAGGCGAAAUUCACCCAGGAAGAGGCAAAUACUGGUUCAUUCGUGGCGGCGAAAAACGCGGCGUUGGCGUCGUCCAGCUUCAACGUCCAAGUUCCAAAUCUUUUACCAGAUGGAUAUGGUCGAGUAUUCCAUCCCCAAAUUCUACUUCAUCAGCUUAUCUCCAACCUGAUCAUAUACCACAUGGUGGACCGGAACCUACAGACACAUGGAUUCCCGUCCAUUCCGGAGAUUGAAACCAUUGAUUCAUGCCCCUUGCCUUCCUCAGUUGAGGGUAGAAGCAUUCUGCGCUACCAAAAUACUGAAAAGGGCAAUAGUGUGAGCCCCGGCACAGAACUGCGCAUCCUGGGCAUUGGUGACUCUAUCACGGUUGGUUUCUUGGCCGAUCACAACGCUGGUGAGGACGGUUACAGGCUCAAACUCCGUGAUGACCUGUCUGAGGAUAAGGUUGUUUUCGCUGGGACAGAGACAUCCGACGGAACUAUGACGGAUGGUUAUUUUGCGGCUUGGUCUGGCAAGACGAUAAAGUACAUUUCAGAUCACAUUGGUCCAUCUUUGAAGCAGCGUCCAAAUAUUAUUUUGCUUCACGCUGGCACAAACGAUAUGAAUCCGAGCUCUGCGACCUCUCAAGAAGGGAACGAUCCUAGUGGCGCAGCCGAGCGUCUCGGGAAACUAAUCGACUAUAUUGUCGACGAAUGUCCUGAUGCGACUGUCCUCGUUGCAAUGAUCAUCAACUCUUGUUUACCAGACCAGGGCGAUAGAAUCAAGAGCUAUCAGGCAUUAAUCCCUGGAGUCGUCAAGACUAGGCGAUAUGCUGGUAAGCACGUUAUUGCAGCGGACUUUACCACUUUUCAGACGAGCUGGCUAGGCGACUGUCUUCAUCCUUCGCGUGAGGGUUACAAGGUUUUCGGCGACUACUGGUAUGACUUCAUCAGCCAAAUUCCGAAGAAAUGGAUUACAAAACCUCAGGGGGAAGGUCCAAAUCGUGGAAACGGAUUGGAGGCAAACGGUGGGAUCGAUAAAAACAUUCCUCCUCCUGAUUUAGGUCAGAGUCCAGUUCAAGUUGCCUCCCCAGAACAUAUUCAGGCCGUCUAUCGCAUGGCACCUGAGAAGCCAAACACGAGCUGCACAGGCAGGCCGGAGUUUCACGAGCUUGGCCAAAUUGGGCGGUGGGUCGGCAAAAAUGGUGACUGGAUGUUUCAUCAGAACUGGAAGGAAGCAGGUAAUCUCGCACAGGGGCUAGGGCUAGACCCCAGAUACGUCAGACUGCAUGAUAUGAAUGGUGACGGUAAAGCAGACUAUCUUUGGAUUCAUCCCACAACCGGACAAAUCAGGUGCUGGAUUAACAACUUACCUAAUCCGUGGACGCCCGCUGGAUCAAACAAUGAUGGCGUAAUCGGUGAUGGUAGAGGGCCCGCAGAUAGAAUUUAUAUUGCGGACAUGAACGGUGAUGGGAUGGCAGAUUAUAUGGUGGUCGAUCCAAAUACAGGCGGGGCGAAGAUCUGGUGGAACUUUGGACCAGACAAUACAUGGGCCAAUGGUUGGAGAUGGUACGGGGAGGGAGCGCAAGUUGCAAAUGGAGUACCGCAUGCUAACCUGAAAACGUUGCGAUUCGCGGACAUGAAUGGUGAUGGAAGAGCGGACUAUGUCUACAUCGGUGAGGGUGGCUCUUUGAGACUAUUCCUGAAUAUUGGCACGGUUGGCGGUCAAGAUGUUCUGUGGCUGGAUCAAGGCGGCAUUGCAACUGGAGCUGCUCCUGACAUCACAAAUCUUGUAUUUGCCGAUAUCAACGGCGACGGCCGUGACGACUACCUGAUAUUUGAUGAUGAUGCCGGCUUGACUGGUUACCUAAACCAGCCAACGCAAAAGGAAGGUAUUCCACAUUGGAUGUACCAGGGCCCGCCAAAAUCCAUCGCAUAUGGUGUUUUCAAGAACGUCAGCACGAUUCGACUUGCCGAUAUGGAUGGGGAUGGAAAGGACGACUACAUACACGUCGACUCCAAUGGGGGUCUAUCAGUGUGGUAUAACCAAGGUGGCGGGGACACGAGAAUGCUUACAGAGAGCGUUCGCUUCGCGAAAUUCUACUCAGAUGCACCGGACUGCUAUAUUUGGCUCGAUCCCGACUCCGGCGCACCAUACGUCUAUCUCAAUUAUGGCGCGGACCCCUCAGUACCGCUAGGCUAUCACUGGAUUCCUAGAAAUGACUACAAGCCGUCAGCACCCGGAGCGGCCCCAGCAGCGCAGGUGCAAUUUGGUGAUAUCGAUGGGGACGGUGUUGACGACUACCUUGUUGUACAUCCCCAAACCGGGGAGCUGACUGUUUACCUGAAUGAGGGCGAGGACAAAACAAAUGAGUAUGGUUGGCGAUUCAGAUCGAUUGGGUCCAUCGCAUCUGGCCUCGGCCCUGGCGCCAAUGUACGGUUCGCCGAUAUUGACGGCGAUGGCCGUGUUGAUUACAUCUACAUGCAUCCAAAUGGAGGGACAACCAUUUACCUCAAUGGAUACUCAAAAACUGCAGCUGGUCCCUAUUGGCACCCUGUACCAGCAGCGGAUGCGUCUGGCAUUUUCCAGCGACCAGAGGAGAUUAGCUUCCAGGAUAUCAACCACGAUGGUAAAGCAGACUACGUCUGGACAAGGGCCAGAGAUGGUGCAGUCUUCGCCUGGCUCAACAACUACCCGAACCAGCCGCCGUGGCUCGAGUUUGGGCAGAUUGCCGACGGUGUUGGUACAACUGGUUCCAACGUGAAGUGGGCAGAAUUGACGCGGUCGGGGUAUCCCGACUACGUCGCCUUCAACCCCGCUGAUGGAUCUUUUGCUGCCUGGCUAAACCUCUGCCCCAAGGGCCAGUCUGUGCCUGAUCCAACCACCGAGCCACCGCCUCCUCCUCCAACGUCUAGCCCGUAUUAUGACUGCAAAGGAGAGAGCCUAUGUUCUACAACUCCGGUCAAGUUCUGCGAUAAGGCCGUAAACGAAAUGAAACGCGGUGACAACAUCUACGAGUCCAACAGAGAGGCGCUUGUGUACCGUGGCAACUGCUACGGCAACUUGGAUGGAUAUGGUUGCUCCGUCCAAAUCCGCGGUACGGAUCGAAAUGGAGAUUGCCGCAUGUGUGGCUCUAAACACUUCGGCAAUGGCUGUCUUGUGUCUGUAGACUACUUUGUCAACUGCAGCAACCGCACUGGCGGCUUGAGGCUCUCAAGCAACGCGACAGAGCCAGAAGACCAGUACACAAACACCACCAUGUCGAAAUAG